AUGUCUCAACCAAACCAGAACAAUAAUAAUUUUAAAGACACGAAGAUCUUUGUUGGAGGUUUAGCUUGGAGAACAACAACCGAUGAUUUGAGAAGAUUUUUCGAACAAUAUGGAGAAGUUAUUGAUGCUAAUGUUGUCAGCGGAAGUCUCCCAGGAGGAAAAUUAAGAUCAAAAGGCUAUGGCUUUGUUGUUUUUAGGGAUCCUGAAUCUGCCAAUAGAGCUUGUGAACUAUCGUCGCAACUUAUUGAUGGAAGACAAGCCGAUGUCAAGAUGGCUUACAUAGGUGCAAAGAAUAACACUAACCAGUCUAACCAAAACGCUUUACCACAUCAGGCGGGGCCAUCGCAUCAAUAUCAGAACGGUUUAUUAAAUCAGGUGACGCCGCAUCAAUAUCAGCUAGCUUCUCAGUAUCCAACAUAUCAAUAUUUUCCUCCGCCCAACUGGGUUCCAUAUUAUGGACAACCUCUUUACAUGCACCACGUUCCAUGCUAUUCUUACUCCACCGCCAUGGUUAGUACUUCUCAUGUUUCGGCAUAUAGGGCGCAACGGUAUUGGCAACGGAUGAACAAUCAACCAAGUGUCAUUAUCUCUGCCCCUCCUAAUGCACCAAUAAUUGAGAACAAUGAUAAAGAGGCAGAUACAAAAAUAGACAGUGAUCAAGAAGGAGAGAUCAUUGCUACACUUCAAAGUGAAGAAGAAGAAGCUGCUAAAAACACACUACAGGCAAACGGGAAUGGUCAUGAAGAACAAGGAGAACAGGAAGAAGGAGAGGGACUAAGUGAAGCGAUAUAA